CAUAAGAAGGGCCCAAUUCUUUUACCGCAUCUCAGAGCCAAGGUAUUUAAGCUUCGCAAUUAGGGUUUUUUUAAGUCCAUAUCAGGUGGAGCAGCUUUGCGAGGACGGCCGAACAGGAAGCGGCAUCGCCAUGGGGAGAAGACCAGCUAGGUGCUACCGGCAAAUCAAGAACAAGCCAUACCCAAAAUCACGGUAUUGCCGUGGUGUCCCUGAUCCUAAGAUCAGGAUCUAUGAUGUUGGUAUGAAGAAGAAGGGUGUUGAUGAGUUCCCCUUCUGCGUUCACCUUGUGAGUUGGGAGAAGGAGAAUGUCUCCAGCGAGGCACUUGAAGCAGCUCGGAUUGCAUGCAACAAGUACAUGGCCAAGUUUGCUGGGAAGGAUGCUUUCCAUUUGAGAGUGAGGGUACAUCCUUUCCAUGUCCUUAGGAUCAACAAGAUGCUUUCAUGUGCCGGGGCUGAUAGGCUCCAGACCGGUAUGAGAGGUGCCUUUGGGAAGCCACAGGGAACAUGUGCUAGGGUCAGCAUCGGUCAGGUCCUGCUUUCUGUCCGUUGCAAGGACAGCAACAGCCACCAUGCACAGGAGGCCCUCCGCCGUGCCAAGUUCAAGUUCCCUGGACGUCAAAAGAUCAUUGUCAGCAGGAAGUGGGGAUUCACCAAGUUUAGCCGUGCUGAUUAUGUCAAGUGGAAGUCAGAGAACAGAAUUAUGCCUGAUGGUGUGAAUGCCAAGCUUCUCGGAUGUCACGGGCCCCUCACCAACCGUCAACCUGGAAGAGCGUUCUUGCAAAGUGCCUGAAGAUAGUACAUGUUAUCCUUCUGGGGUCCUUUCAUAUGGAACUCCAUAGUUUGGUGCCAUCUUUUUCCAAUUUUCAAUCUUUUUAUCACCGAAUGUUAGAACUUUGUUUGGCUGGAACAUGCUCAGCGUGGUGUCUUAUGUCGGAUUUUUUCAAGUUGCAUGGCAAGAACAUAGUUAAUUUUGAUAUGAUGUUCCAAAAAAUCAACUUGGAUUUGCGCAGUGGAAAUUUUUUUAUAUGCU